AUGCACUAUUCAUACCUACCCCUCCUUGCCUCUCUGGCCUCGUCGUCGCUGGCGGCCGAGACGGUACUGGGGGUCUACAUCUUCUCCAGACAUGGAGACCGGACGGCCAAGAUGACGCCCCCGGCCAAUCUGACGACGCUCGGCCUGGAAGAGGUCUACACCAGCGGCACCUAUUACAGGAAUCGCUACGUUGCCAGUGAUGCCAGCCAUCGCAUCCACGGCAUUAACAGUGACCUGAUCAAACAGUCGCAGAUCACCGCCUCUGCACCGACCGACACCGUGCUGCAGAACUCGGCCCAAGGUUUCCUGCAGGGCCUCUAUCCUCCAGUCGGGGAGACGUUGGGCAGUAGUACGCUGAGGAACGGGACCGUGGUGCAGUCCCCGUUGGACGGAAUUCAAUUCAUCCCCCUGCAGACCGUCACGACCGGCACGAACAGCGAGAACAGUGCCUGGUUGCAAGGCGCGACCAACUGUGCCAACGCCCAGAUCAGCUCCAACAACUACUUCCAGAGCGCAUCGUACCUCGAGACAUUGAACCGCACGCACAGCUUCUAUACGAGCGUGGCCCCGAUGAUCAACCGCACCUUCACCUCGGCACAGACCAGCUUCAAGAACGCGUACACCAUCUUCGACCUGUUGAACGUGGCCUCCAUCCACAACACUUCGGCCAACUUCCCACACGCCGACCUUCUUACCGACGAAACCUUCUUCCAACUCCGCACCCUGGCCGACCAGCAUGAAUGGGGCCUGGCAUACAACGAAUCCGAGCCCAUUCGCGCGGUGACGGGCGCCAUUAUCGCCAGCGAAGUGGUCAAGGCACUGAACGGGACCAUCACACGCCAAGGCAAGAAUAAGCUGAACAUCCAGUUUGGCGCGUAUGCCGGCAUGAUGUCCUAUUUCGGUCUGGCCAACCUGACCUUGGCCAGUCCAGAUUUCUACGGUGUGCCGGAUUAUGCAUCGACUCUGGUCUGGGAGCUGGUCACCAAUGCAACCGUGGGUUCCUCCAGCAGCGAGUUCCCUUCGGCCGACGAGAUCAGCGUGCGCUUCCUCUUCCACAACGGCACCACCAGCAACAUCAGCGAGCCGAUCGAGUACCCUCUCUUCGGCACCGACAACUCGCUGAUGCCUUGGUCCGAUUUCGUCAGCAGCAUGAACAAAAUCAGCAUCUCGUCCCAGAAGGAUUGGUGCACAGCAUGCGGCAACUCUACGGGCGUAUGCAGCCCAGAAUCACUGGGUGAGAGUGGCAGCUCGGUUAACUCCUCCAGCUCCUCUUCUGGCAGCAACAACAGCGGCGGCGGCGGUAUCUCCAAGGCCGUCGCAGGUGUUAUCGGUGCAAUGGUGACCCUCGCAGUCAUCCUAGGUGCGGAGCUCCUGAUUCUCUUAGUAGGCGGCUACAGGCUCGUCAGCAAGAAGCGCCUCGCAGGAACGAGCCCCGAGUCCAGCGUUGGGUCCGGCGCGAAUGCUGGAGGCCCCAAGGCAUAG